AUUCAGAAACUCCAUUGACCUGGCAGGAGCCUGUCCCUGCACGAUGUGUCUCCGUGCUCUGUGCUGGGUGUCUCUAGCAACCUGCGUGGUUUGGGGGCACGCAUCCUCACCACCCGUGGUGAACACUGUUCAUGGGAAAGUUCUGGGGAAAUAUGUCAGCUUAGAAGGAUUCACACAGUCUGUGGCUGUCUUCCUGGGAGUUCCCUUUGCCAAGCCUCCUCUUGGAUCCCUGAGGUUUGCUCCACCACAACCUGCAGAACCUUGGAGCUUUGUGAAGAAUGCCACCUCCUACCCUCCUAUGUGCUCCCAAGAUGCAGUCAAAGGGCAGAGGGUCAAUGACCUCAUCACCAACAGAGAGGAGAAAAUUCAUCUUGAGUUUUCCGAAGACUGUCUCUACCUGAAUAUUUACACUCCUGCCGAUUUGACAAAGAGCAGCAGGCUGCCGGUGAUGGUGUGGAUCCACGGAGGUGGACUGACAUUGGGUGGGGCGUCCACCUAUGAUGGACUGGCCCUCUCUGCACAUGAAAAUGUGGUAGUGGUAACCAUUCAGUACCGCCUGAGCAUCUGGGGAUUCUUCAGCACAGGGGAUGAACACAGCCGGGGGAACUGGGGUCAUUUGGACCAGGUUUCUGCACUGCGCUGGGUUCAAGACAACAUUGCCAACUUUGGAGGGGACCCAGACUCUGUGACCAUCUUUGGAGAGUCAGCAGGAGGUUUCAGUGUCUCUGUUCUUGUGUUGUCUCCCUUGGCCAAGAACCUCUUCCACAGGGCCAUUUCUGAGAGUGGUGUGGUUAUCACUCCCGGUUUGUUUACCACAGAUGUCAGGACAAUCACUGAGAAAGUUGCUCUCAUGUCUGGGUGCAAAACCACCACAUCUGCUGUCCUUGUUCACUGCCUGCGCCAGAAGACGGAGGACGAGCUCUUGGAGGUCAUGCAGAAAAUGAGUCUGUUUAAACUCGAUUUACAAGGAGACACCAAAGAGAGAAAUACAUUUUUACCAACUGUGCUUGAUGGAGUGGUGCUGCCAAAGGCACCAGAAGAGAUCCUGGCCAAGAAGAAUUUCAACACUGUGCCCUACAUUGUGGGAAUCAACAAGCAAGAGUUUGGCUGGCUUCUGCCAACAAUGAUGGGAUUUCCACAAACUGAUGUAAAAUGGGACAAGAAGAUGGCCAUCGCAUUCCUGCAGAAAUUAACUCCCCAUUUGGGAAUACAUGAGGAUGCAAUUCCAGUUGCCUUUGAGAAGUAUGUAAGAGGUAGCAAUGAGCCAGACAAAAUUAGAGACGGAAUCUUGGAGUUCAUUGGAGAUGUGACAUUUUGUAUCCCAUCAGUGAUUGCGGCUCGUGGUCACAGAGAUACUGGUGCUCCAACCUACAUGUAUGAGUUUCAGUACCGCCCAAGCUUCUCAUCACACAUGAGACCCAAGAACGUAGUCGGAGAUCAUGGAGAUGAAGUCUACUCUGUUUGGGGUGCCCCCAUUUUAAGAGGUGGCGCCUCUGAAGAGGAGAUCCGUCUCAGCAGGAUGGUGAUGAAAUUCUGGGCCAACUUUGCUCGGAAUGGGGACCCUAAUGGUGAAGGGUUGCCCCACUGGCCAGAGUAUGAUCUGAAGGAAGGGUACCUGCAGAUUGGUGCUACUACUCAGCAAGCCCAGAGACUGAAAGGGGAGGAAGCGACUUUCUGGACUGAGCGCCGGACCAAGAAACAACCCCGGCCAGACCACAGUGAGCUGUGAAUGCAAGGCUGCCAGCCUCAGAUCAGAGAAGCCAAGAUAGAGUUCUUCUAGUAAAAGUGUUUGUUAAUCAAAGAUGGAUCUCGAAGGAUCCUGAAGAAUUUUGUCAUAGGGAUAGACAGAAGCCAGGGAUGGGAGAUGUUUUAUACUUUUGGCCUCAAUUUGGAGAAUAAAUGUUCUUUUUUUAAGAUCAAA